AAUUAAAAAUCACAACUCUCUCUCUCUCUCUCUCUCUCCUGCCUCAUCAGUCGCCAUCAUCAUCAUAAAUCAAAAACAAAUCCCUCCUCUCCACCUCCUACUCCUACUCCUCCUCUCCCUCCCUUAUUCCUUCUUCGUUAAUUUCAUCCUAAUAAUUCUAAUACAUAACCAUAACCAUAACCAACCCAUCUAAUGCUGAGAACAAACUUCACCUUUCCCCCACCACACCUCAUACAUCACUCUGCUCUGUUGUAAAGCCGACCCACACCACCGACCUUCUCUUUUGACCUACUACUGCUGCUGCUUUUCCCCACCUCCAUUCUAGGGUUUCCUUUUUCUUUCUUAACAUGAUCCUCUACCUCUCUCUAUUCCCUCCAUCCAUCGCUUUCUUUUCAAUUUAACUCAUCAUUCAUACAUUCUCUCUUCUUCGAAUUUCUAAUUAUUCAAUGGACUCUCUCUCUAGGGUUUUUGUAGGGUUUUUCUCCUUCUAAGAUGUGGUUAACUGUUUAUUGGAUCAAGGGUACUAUUACUUAAAUCCUUCCUUUCUCUAUAUACUUCUCUUUGUUCUCAGAAUCUUCUUCGCUUUCUUUCUUUUCCUCUUUUCUUCGCAUCGAAUUCAUAUUCUUUCUCCUUCCCCGAUACCAAACCCUUUUACUUUUGCCAUGGCAUAUCAGCCUCCGAUUCCAGGGCCAAGUUCGGGAUCGAGUUCGACUUCUGGGUUGCAAUUAUUGAACUCUCCUUUUGGGGAUACCACUUUCACAAAGGUUUUCGUCGGAGGCCUAGCUUGGGAGACUCACAGUGAGACUAUGCGACGUUACUUCGAACAAUUCGGUGACAUCCUUGAGGCUGUUGUCAUCACCGAUAAGAACACUGGCCGAUCCAAAGGCUACGGUUUUGUGACUUUCAAGGACCCCGAAUCUGCCAGGAGAGCAUGUGCUGAUCCAGCUCCUAUUAUUGAUGGUAGGCGGGCUAAUUGUAAUUUGGCCUCACUUGGACGCCCUCGGCCUGCUCUGCCUUUUGGACGUCUUAGAUCACCGACACCUUAUCUUGGAGCUGUGCCAACUGCCCGAGGGGCUUAUGUUGGAAGAUUUGGUUACCAACAACCAGUUUCUUACAGCUACCAACAAGGAUAUAUGUAUCCUCCAUAUGGGUAUGCACCCUAUGGUCCAGAGUACCUAUACCCGCAGGGUGUUUACAACCCUUAUGCGAGUCAGCAGUACCUGCACAUAUAUGGUGUACCAGGGACAGUUAACACGGCCAUAUAUCCAUACAGUCAAUUGGGUCAGACAGUUCCCGGAGGUCACGGUUACACAACAUUGCAGGGCUAUACUGUGCCUGGUCAUCAGAUUGUGCAGUUUGGUGGGCCCAGUGUCAAUGCAAUCACAACUUCAUCUAUACCAAGUAUUCAAGCACCAUACCCUACAGGUGUGGCAGCACCUGUUCCAGCACAGCCACAGUUUAUGCUUCCUGCUCAUUCUCCUCAGUUCAUGCAAGGUAGCGGUUCUGACCAAAAUGCUGGGUGAGGGGUUGAUCAAGGUACCCUUAGAUUGCAGCAGGACUAAGAGCACCGGUACUGCUACUUGAGUGGCGGGCUUCGGAUCUAGCCUUGCAAAUGGUUCAUUUUGCAUUCUAGAGGUCAUACAUAAUGAUGCUCACCGGAGAAGUCAUAUAUGUCUGAGUCGCUCCUGAUGGUGGAGAAAGGAACAUGGAAGAUGCAGAUUGCAUCUCCGUCAGCAUUGUGUAUUUAAACCCUCACGUUCUGCCAGUGCUCUGGAUGACUGGUAGAGAGAGUGAUGCAUUAGUGGAAGCUGGAAUCGGUUUCUAGUGUCCAAAGACAGAGUGACGAAAAUUCAUGUUAGAAUCAAAAUAUGAUUCUUUUAUAGCAUGUCCCAGAAUUAUGGUUCUGUAGAUAGUCGUCGUCGGGUGUUUUUUUGUGUGUGUGUUGGUUGGUCCAACAUAGUAUUCAUAGACAUCAUUUUGAGUCCUGUGCAUAGCCAUAGUUGGAGUUUAUUGAUACGCAAUUCUAAAACUCGGUGUUUAUUUUAAGGGUCUUUCUACUUCAAAGAAUGAAAGCAAAGCAGCGCCAAAUCAUACACUGGGAAAAGGUGGAAUUAUUAUGUAUUUUUUUUAAUUAUUAUUAUUAUUGUGGAU